GUCACACAGCAGAUUACUGACUCAACUCCACCGCCUAUUGUCUUGGCUGUGUCUGUCUCACCAUCCUGCCCGCUCCCAGCUCUGCCGCACCUCCCACUCGUCACACGGCUAUGGACAGAAAAGUGGCACAGGAUGGGACGCCUGUGGUCUCCUGGGUUCCGGAGGAGGGAGAGAAGUUGGACCUGGAAGGCGAGGACCAGGUGAAGGAUCGGGGCCAGUGGACCAGCAAGAUGGAGUUUGUGCUGUCAGUGGCCGGGGAGAUCAUUGGGCUGGGCAAUGUCUGGAGGUUUCCCUAUCUCUGCUACAAAAAUGGAGGUGGGGCCUUCUUCAUCCCCUACUUCAUCUUCUUCUUCACCUGCGGCAUCCCGCUGUUCUUCCUGGAGGUGGCGCUGGGCCAGUACACCAGCCAGGGGAGCGUCACGGCCUGGAGGAAGAUCUGUCCCCUGCUCCAGGGCAUUGGUCUGGCGUCGGUGGUCAUUGAAGCCUAUUUGAACAUCUACUACAUCAUCAUCCUUGCCUGGGCUCUCUUCUACCUGUUCAGCUCCUUUACCUCUCACCUGCCCUGGACAACCUGUACCAAUUCCUGGAACACAGAACAUUGCAUGGACUUUCUGAACCACUCAGAAGACAGCACAGUGACCCCCUCUGAGAACUUCACCUCACCUGUCAUAGAAUUCUGGGAGAGACGCGUUCUGGGCAUCACCUCGGGCAUCCACGACCUGGGGGCCCUGCGCUGGGAGCUGGCCCUGUGCCUCCUGCUCGCCUGGGUCAUCUGCUACUUCUGCAUCUGGAAGGGGGUCAAGACCACAGGCAAGGUUGUUUAUUUCACAGCCACUUUUCCCUACUUGAUGCUGAUCAUCCUACUGAUCCGAGGCGUGACCCUCCCCGGGGCCUAUGAGGGCAUCAUCUAUUACCUAAAGCCAGAUUUGCUUCGCCUCAAGGACCCCCAGGUGUGGAUGGACGCGGGCACCCAGAUCUUCUUCUCCUUCGCCAUCUGCCAAGGGUGCCUGACGGCCCUGGGCAGUUACAACAAGUACCACAACAACUGCUACCGGGACUGCAUCGCCCUCUGCUUCCUGAACAGUGCCACCAGCUUCGUGGCCGGCUUCGUGGUCUUCUCCAUCCUGGGCUUCAUGUCCCGAGAGCAGGGGGUGCCCAUCUCGGAAGUGGCCGAGUCAGGUCCUGGCCUGGCCUUCAUCGCCUUCCCCAAGGCCGUGACGAUGAUGCCCUUAUCCCAGCUGUGGUCCUGCCUUUUCUUCAUCAUGCUCAUAUUCCUGGGGCUGGACAGCCAGUUUGUCUGUGUGGAGUGCCUGGUGACGGCCUCCACGGACAUGUUCCCCAGGCAGCUCCGGAGGGGCGGGCGGCGGGAGCUCCUCAUCCUGGCCAUCGCCGUCACCUGCUACCUGAUCGGACUCUUGCUGGUCACCGAGGGCGGGAUGUACAUCUUCCAGCUGUUUGAUUAUUACGCGUCCAGCGGUAUAUGCCUGCUCUUCCUCUCGCUGUUUGAAGUCAUCUGCAUCAGUUGGGUGUACGGUGCCAACCGUUUCUAUGACAACAUCGAGGACAUGAUCGGCUACCGGCCGUGGCCCCUGGUGAAGAUCUCCUGGCUCUUCCUGACGCCCGGACUUUGCCUGGCCACUUUCUUCUUCUCCUUGAGCAAGUACACACCUCUCAAAUACAACAACGUCUACGUGUACCCCACCUGGGGAUACUCCAUAGGCUGGUUCCUGGCCCUCUCCUCCAUGGUCUGCGUCCCGCUCUUCGUCAUCAUCACCCUCCUGAAGACCCAGGGUUCCUUUAAGAAGCGCCUGCAACAGCUCAUCACCCCAGACCCCAGCCUGCCACAGCCCAAGAAGCACUUGUAUCUGGAUGGUGGCGCCAGCCAGGACUACAGGCUCUCCCCAAUAAAGGGGGGACUCAUAACUAGGGAGAAGGAGACCCACUUGUAGGAUGUGGUUACUGAGCCAGGAGCCUCAUCAGGACACUGCUACCUGCAGUGGACAGCUGUCACCUCUGUCCCCUCUCACAGCACUGCCAAGAACCUCUCGACGUCCAUGGGCACCCAGCUGCAGGCCAGACCCCUCCUCUCAUCAGCUGGAGCAGCCCCUCCUGGGGGCUGGAGGUGGUCCAACUGCACUCGUCAGGCUGUAGAGAGACUCCUGUUGGGACGUGCCAUCUUAUUUAUAAAGGGGGGUGGCUUUGCUGGAAUCAGCCAUCAAUGGGGGUACACGGCAUGGCGAGGAACUCUCCUGUCGGAGUUCACCACAACUGUUUCCAAAGGGUUGUGCCGUGACCCAGGCCGAGGACCUGACGGAACACAUUGUGUUAGAAGCGACAGCUGGAUGCACUGCACAGGACCCUGACUUUCCAUAGAGGGGGCACUAGGCUUAGUGUUCUGGGGUACACGGGGAGGGAACUAGAGAAACUGCCCGGAGGAAAGUCUUCACACGCCAGGACCCUCGUGGAUUUUCUCAGAGGCAAUCUCUCAAGGUGACCUGGCCCAUACUUUCCUGUAGUGUUGUCAUCAACUCACUGAGUGUGAGGCUGGAAGGGACUUGAUGAUCUCCAGACUUUGCAAAGCUGACAUGAUCUGUUCUCCACUCCCGCACCCAUGGCAGACAUUGCCAAUCGAUCACAGAUCUUUCCCCCCCUCACAAUCCUUCCACAGUGCUUCAGGCAGCUUCACUCACCAUCUUGCUUUUGUUCAAACCCCUGGACCAAAAAAUCCUUCAUGGAGGAAGAAAUCGAGAACCAAAGAGACAAAGUGACUUUUUCAACUUCACACAGCUCCUCAGGGCCAGACACAGAAUGAAAACUCUUGUUCUCAGGCCAGUGUCAUUCCCAUCACACCCUCCUGCCUUAGUUAACAAACACAUUGGUUCA